GCGGGAUGCAGGGCUCCGUGAAAGAGACGCUGUUGCAUGAGAACUUUGUGAAAGGAUGAUCCGUGCUUUCGGGCUAAGGACUACGCUGAUUCGCCUAAGCUGGUAUCUUUGCAGUAUAUCUGGUUUUUACCUGUGAUUGGUGAUUGCCGAUGUCUUUUACAACCCGCUAGCGUUUGGGAAGGACGGAAAGGGAGAUUCGGAAAGGGAGAAGCUAAAAACGUACUCGAGUAAAGGUAAAGAGAGGAAAGGGAAAGGGGCAGGGCGCGGGUCUCCUAGAGCGCCAUUCACUGCUUUCGAGAUUCGGUUUAGCGGUGGUGCGGUAUGUGGAUAGGUUGGACUGCUCCGUCAGUUGACCCAAGGGCUGUGGGAAAGGUCUUUUGUUCUCGAGCAUACGGUGGCUACAGAAUAUAAUACAGUAACAGCAUCCGGAUCCCGGAGGUGGUACGGUAGUGAAGAGCAUACUAGUGCUGUACGGCACUGUGCUACCUGCGAGCUCGGGAAAGGAUCUUAUAUCAUACACACUGUGCUGUUUCUCACUCCCACUUCCUCUUCUGCCUCAUCCCCCCUCUUACUCCUCCUCUUCCUCCCCACCCUCCCUCUCGCUAUCCACCAGGGGGCCCCACUUCACAAAUUGUCCGUUCGUCUCUGUCCUUCGGUUUCCCUUCCGCACUUCACCCACUACAACGCGUUAUAACCCUCCACAAAUGCCAGCCUCCGUAUCUUCAAAGGUAGGCCACGCCCUGGCCUGGGUCCUGCAGAUAGACCUGAACCCGGGCCAGCGCGCCAAGGAGGCUCCAAUCCCUAGAGUGAUAGAGGGUCAGGAUGGGAGCGGUCCGGGGGCAACAUAUAUCGAGCAGGAACCAACAGUACUGGAGUGGUUCCAGCAAUUCGAACCAUCGACACCCGGAUUUGUCUCCUACCUCCUCAGUCUUGUACCCUUUGUUUCGUGGAUCGGGAGAUAUAAUCUAAAAUGGUUGUAUGGCGAUUUAGUCGCCGGUAUUACGGUGGGUUGUGUCGUCAUUCCUCAAGGGAGUAAGUUUCCACUCUUUUUUGUUAUUUUUUUAUUAUUUUUUUCCUCCCCGACCCCCCGUACUCGUAUUUUUACGAGGGUUUUAUUUAUGGGUUUGGAGCGAUCACAUACCCCCACCACCUAGCUUGGAAUAGGUUGGCGGGCCGAGGCUAAUGUACAAUUCCGCGUUACAGUGGCAUAUGCCAAGCUUGCGCUCCUCCCCGUCGAAUUCGGUCUCUAUUCGUCAUUCGUCGGAGUCAUGAUCUACUGGUUCUUCGCCACCUCGAAAGAUAUCACCAUCGGUCCCGUUGCUGUAAUGUCGACGCUAGUGGGCAACAUCGUCUCAAGGGCCCCGGAAAAUUUCGCCUAUGCAAAAGAAGACAUCGCCUCCUCACUAGCCCUUGUUGCCGGCUCAAUCGUGACGGCAAUGGGCCUUAUCCGCCUGGGUUUCGUAGUGGAGUACAUCCCCCUCACGGCAAUCGCCGCAUUCAUGACGGGCUCCGCAAUUAGUAUAGCAACGGGCCAAGUCCCUGCCAUGCUCGGCAUCACCGGCUUCAACACUCGUGAGGCUACAUACAAAGUCUUCAUCAAUAUCCUAAAGCACCUUGGCUCGGCCAAGAUAGAUGCAGCAAUGGGAUUAACCGCCUUGUUCCUAUUGUACCUCAUUCGUUGGAUCACCGGUACCUUCUUGCCAAAGAGGUACCCUAACCAUAAGAAGACUUGGUUUUUCCUGUCCACCUUGAGAACUGUGUUCACGAUCCUGUUGUACACAUUGAUUUCCUGGAUAGUGAAUCGGGGGCGUCGCAAGAAGCCGGUCUUCGCGAUCCUGAAAACCGUCCCUAGUGGAUUCAAGCACAUGGGCGUUCCAAAGGCCAAUGCUGACAUCUUUAACGUUUUUGUGGGCGAGUUACCGGCGACGGUCAUUGUGCUAUUGAUAGAGCAUAUUGUAUGUUCCGAGCCAUCCUCAACCACUAGUUGUUAAACUACCCUCUAACCAGGAAUGGUGACAGGCAAUUUCGAAGUCAUUUGGCAGAAUAAACAACUACCAGAUUAACCCGUCUCAGGAACUCAUCGCGAUCGGAAUCACCAAUAUCUUCGGUCCAUUCUUCGGUGGAUACCCGGCCACUGGAUCGUUCUCCCGGACAGCUAUCAAGUCGAAAGCCGGCGUGCGCACACCCUUCGCUGGAGUAAUCACUGGUGUCGUCGUCCUCAUGGCUAUCUACCUCUUGACCUCGGUGUUCUAUUUCAUCCCCAACUCCAGUCUCUCGGCAGUCAUCAUCCACGCCGUCGGUGACCUGAUCACUCCUCCCAACACGGUGUACAAAUUCUGGUGCAUCUCCCCGUUAGAAGUGGUCAUUUUCUUCGCCGGUGUCAUCGUGACGGUGUUUACGAAUAUUGAGAAUGGAAUUUAUGUUACUGUUGGGCUGUCUGCCGGUGUCAUGCUGUUCAGGAUUGCGAAGGCGAGAGGGCAUCUACUGGGUAAGGUUGAGGUGCGCUCAGUCACAGGCGGUAGUCUGUAUAGCUCCGACGACCGCAGUGACGGGGGAAGUGAAGUUGUGCCGAACAGCCUGUCCGCGGAAUUGGUAAAGGGCAGUGCGGCGAAAAAGACUCUGGGACGCAACCUUGAGGACCACAAUGCUAGAAAUGUUUACUUACCAUUGGACCUAGCAGAUGGCUCAAAUCCAAGCCUGAAGGUCAUAAGCCCAUAUCCAGGAAUCUUCAUUUACCGCUUCUCCGAAGGUACCCCCCCCUCCACUUCCUCUUUAUAACCCCAGACUAACAAUGCCCAGGCUUCCUCUACGCCAACGCCUCCCACUACACAGAAAACCUCGUGCAGCACAUCUUCUCCGCCACCCGGCCAAAUGUCUCCAACGUAACCAUUGAGGUGGGAGACCGAGCAUGGAACGACCCCCCGCCCAAGGCCUCGGCCAUGGCCGCCGCCGACCCGCGGCCCACGCUCCGCGCUAUAAUCCUGGAUUUUGCCUCGGUGAACAACGUCGACAUCACCUCCGUGCAGAACCUCAUCGACGUGCGCACGCAAUUGGACCGGUACGUUGCUCCCGACACUGUAGAAUGGCACUUCGCCUCCAUCGGCUCCCGCUGGACGAAGCGUGCCUUAACCGCGGCCGGGUUCGGGUUCCCUAGCGAUAGGGAGGGAGAUUUCAACAGCAAAAGGAAGGCCGGAUGGGCCCCCGUGUUCUCGGUCGCGAGCGUUGAGGAAGCGGUGGUUGUUGACGUGAAAGCCGCGGAAAAGAAGGGCUUUGAUGAGGAGGGUGGGAGACCGCUUAAUGGGAGUCGCUCCUCGCAGGAGGAUGAGGAAGAUGUCGCAAGGAUUGGAACUCCAACCAGUGUUGGAAAGCGGAGGGUCCCCGUGGUCGUUGGAGGGAUUAACAGGCCGUUUUUCCAUGUUGAUAUCGAUGGGGCGUUGAGGAGUGCUAUCGCCUCGAUUGAGAGUCGGUAAAUGUUUGAGGCCCUUUUUUUCUCUUCCCCUCCCCGCCCCCUCUAUCGAGGAAUUGUUUUGUUUCUUCUCUCUUGUGCGUUCGACCGGCUUGCUGUUCCAUGUCUUCUUCAAACCAUAGGGGAAGCCGAAUUGAUUCCCUCUUAUACCAUAUUAUCAUACUCUUUAUUCGGCUUUCACGGGGCAAAAGAUGCUUCCAGAUCCUCUUUUUCCUUCUUUUUUUUUUCUCUAGAAAAAAGAAAAUUACACGCGAAGUAUUAGGAUGGACUGGCAAGUAUCUCAUAUGCGGACAAGCAUCAGAAGGUAGCCCGCCGUGAUAUUACCGCUGCAGGAGUUCAGUGUAGACCCUGCCAAAAGAUAGAAUCUUAUAGUAGAUUGUUUCG